CACUGUCAAAGCCGCGUACGCGCAACAUCCCGCUUCCACCGCUCCUCUGCGUAGACGCGGGGUCGCCAAAGCUUUCAGUCAGGAAAUCCAGCUGUCACUCAACGAGAUCCCCAUUCAUUCAGCCGAUGUGUGACCGUACCUACGUGGCACACGGACGGAAACCUGGACAAGAUAAAUACCAGACAAAAGACGCAGCUGGAUGGAGGUGGAUCAACAGGAUCGGCAACUCCACUGUCCACUCCUACUGCGAGGAGAAGAUGAGGGACCUGGAAGACAAUACCGGAGCCAGAUGGCACAUGUGAGCGUCUAAUAAUACGUAUUACUACAUUUUUUGAGCCACUUACAGGGAUAUGAACAGAAUAGCCCUGAAGAUUUGGUGUUAAUCAGCUGAUGCAAGUGUUCCUGGCAGCGCAGAAGGUUCAGUCCGUGCCAAAAUGACCAGACUAUUGUCUAGCGUCGCUGUAACGGAAUGGGCCCGCAGGAAUUUUGGCACCGGUUUUACGCAGCAGACCACAUAGUUCAAUCGACGUCCUCCACCGAAGACAUAUAGCGCGGCUGACAUGGACAAAAGAAUGCUUCCAAAAUACCAGUCCUGCUAUGAGGUCAAAUAAAAACGCAUCAGUGUGACACCCUGUUGGUUCCUCCAGAGAAGUGGAACACAUCAUCAACGCCGGGGAUUCAAGUUUGGACCUCACCAAGUCCAAAACGACCUUCCCCCUCCCCAAAACCUGAACAUCUUACAUCUUAAAGCAUCUUCACAGACUCGCAUAGCGAAUAUGUGAUGCGGAGCCAGUACAGUGAGAGAGUCUGUGAACAGGUGAGAGAGGGACACUGUCUGCCCCACUGUCCAGCGACACCAUGAGCUGGAGCUUCCUCACGCGGCUGCUGGAGGAGAUCCACAACCACUCCACCUUCGUGGGGAAGCUGUGGCUCACCGUGCUCAUCGUCUUCCGCAUUGUUCUCACCGCCGUUGGAGGAGAGUCCAUCUACUAUGACGAACAAAGCAAGUUUGUCUGCAACUCAGGCCAGCCCGGCUGCGAGAACGUCUGUUACGAUGCCUUCGCCCCUCUGUCUCACGUGCGCUUCUGGGUUUUCCAGAUCAUCCUGGUGGCGAUGCCUUCUCUCAUGUACAUGGGCUAUGCUAUCAAUAAGAUUGCCAGAUUAGAUGAAGCCAAAGGAGUAAGUGGCUCCGCAACGGUCAGAACAGGAGGGGGUUACACACACAGGAAACCCAGAAAAAUCUGCUUUGGAGCACGGCAGCACCGAGGCAUCGAGGAAACAGAGGAGGACCAGGAGGAUGAUCCCAUGAUUUAUGAGGUGCCAGAGAUAGAGCCUCCAAAAAGACCACGAGAUCCACUGCAGCCCACGCCAAGACCCAAAAUCCGCCACGAUGGUCGAAAGCGGAUCCGUGAUGAGGGGCUGAUGAGGGUUUAUGUUUUGCAGCUGGUGACACGAACAGUGCUAGAGGCCGGAUUCCUUGCAGGCCAGUACUUACUCUACGGUUUCCGUGUUAAACCGGUGUUUGUGUGUUCGUUCAAACCUUGUCCCCACAGUGUUGACUGCUUUGUGUCAAGGCCCACUGAGAAAACCAUCUUCCUCCGCAUUAUGUAUGGAGUCACUGUCCUCUGCCUCAUGCUCAACGUUUGGGAGAUGCUCCACUUGGGGAUCGGCUCGAUAUGUGACAUUCUUCGCCGUCGGCGAUGCCCACCUCAGGAGGACGAGUACCAGCUGGGCUUGUUAGGCACCAAUGGGGGAGUGGAGGGUUCAGUGGGAGGAACAGGACCUGAGGCGGGGUCUGAGGGAGGGGUGGGCGGAGACGGAGCUGCGGACUACGUUGGUUACCCAUUCUCAUGGAACACCCCAUCAGCUCCACCAGGCUACAACAUCGUGGUCAAACCAGAACAAAUGCCCUACACAGACCUGAGCAAUGCCAAGAUGGCAUGUAAGCAGAACCGGGCAAAUAUUGCCCAAGAAGAGCAGCAACAGUUUGGUAGCAAUGAGGACAACUUUCCAACAGGAGGAGAGUCACGUGUGGCUCUGAACAAAGACAUGAUCCAGCAGGCCCACGAGCAGCUGGAGGCGGCGAUCCAGGCCUACAGUCAGCAGCACCGGGCAGAGGAGCAGCUCGGGGACAACCAGGACGACAAGCCCCAAAGCAACAUAAUCCAGGCCCAACCUCAGCCCCAGCCACAGCCUCAGAAGGAACGCAAGCAUAGAUUCAAACAUGGGAAAGGAGGCAGCAGUGGAGGAGGCAGCAGCAGCAACAGCAGCAGCAGUAAAUCAGGAGAGGGCAAGCCCUCUGUAUGGAUUUAACCCUCCUUACACUCCACAAAUAAUGACACAUAUUGAAGGAUGUGUAUAUAAGACAAUGGAUGAGGCAUGCAAUCAUUCUCGGAUAUUUAAACCACAGUGCCUAAAGAAUCCUGUAAGCUGGAGAAGAUGUGUGUUUAUGUGCUGUGGUGUGUAAAAAUGUGAUGAUGCAGCUGACAAUUUGUUUUGUCUGGGCUCUCACUGUCUAUUUAAGUGUCACACCAACACAAACUGUGUUAGGUUUCAGUCUGUCGUUUACAUGUUUUGGUCUCCUCAAGCCCUCAAACAGAUUAUUGACCUCCGCUUCCUGUCCAUCCUUUCUUUGGGAUUGCAGCUUUGGAUAAUUAUGGAAUGAUAAUGAGUUCUGUUGCAAAUCAGAUCUAUAGCAGAUUUGGUUCAGUUCAUUUCCUGGCCACUGCUCUACAAAGACACAUUGGAAUCCAAAAUCUAUGUAAAAAAAAAUAAAAAAUACACUGACAUCCAAAUGAGGGAUCACCCUCACUCAUACGCAAUUGGAUGCCACCUCAUCACUUUGCCCUGGCAUUGACUUGAUAAUAUACUGACGUUAUAAAACAACGUCAUAACACGUAAUGCAAUAAGAAAAAACAUAAGUCAGAGUCAGCGCCCAAAGCAGUGACUUUACCUUGUAGUGAGAACAUCACCUUCCUGAAGGCUGUGUCCUGUCAGUCAUGUUCUUUGUCUGCUUUCUAUCCAGUGUCUAUAACAGUCUGUUGUUACUGUGACUUUGCAUCUGCCCAUGUGUUUGUAUAUGUUCAGUGUGUGUUUUUGAGAACUGUACAACAAUAGCUGCUGCUCAGGAACUUAUGAGUAUUGCAGCUUUUAUUCAGUCUACAUCUGAAGUUUCCUAAAGAAUAUGUACUUUUUAACAAGGUGCAGAAGCAAUCCAGUUUUUAUACCUUACUUUCCAACUUACUUUGUUUUUAACUUCUCAAGGCUGUUGCAGGAAGCUGAUCAGUUCUUCACUGUUAUUUCAUCUGCCUUGUAUUUGACUGCCCCCUGGUGGUAUCUUUAGUGGGGGCUUCCUAGAAUAGAGAGUAGUUACCAGUAGCCAAUGCUACCUGCAUCCAGUGGCACCUUAACCAGCUGUAUUGUUCCAUUUUCUUGACAAGCCUCGGGUUAGUAAAAUCGUCUCAUCCCAGGGGUACACAUUCAAUGUGAAAUGCACAAGGCUGCAAUAUUAAAAUGUGUCAAACUUUGUAAUGGAAAAGGUCUAAAGCCAUUACUAUCAUAUAAUGAGACCAAACACUGUUUGUGUCAUGCAAGUGUCAGUGCCAAGUUUUAAAGCUAGGCUGCUAUGAAGCCUGGUUGUUUGUAGCUUUGGAAUACUGUGGCCAUGCUACUCCAGUAUUGGAAAAAAUGCCUAUGUGAGACCAACCCUUUUGUAAAAGUUACUUGUUUUUCUAUUCCAGUAAGUGUAUUACUUUUUUGAAGGGGAUUUAAAAUAAUAAACUCCAAAAUGGAGUACAUUUUUAUGUUACAACCAGUGUUUUAUAUGAAAGCACUCUUUUUUUCCAAUAAUUUUCUUUUGUAAAAUAAAGAAAAAGAAAACAGGUUCCUUUAAAAAAAAAAAAAAUGUGCUAUCGGUAUGGAUAUUUAUGGUCAUUGUGUUUGAAAUUGCCUUUCAACUGUAAAAAAUGUGAAAUAUGAUAUAGUAUAUUUUUAUAAUAUGUUGGCUACAUGGACUAAAUGAUACAAAGAAAAAAAAAGCCAGACUUUUUCCCUGUAUGUUCUAUAUCAGUAUUCAAUGUAUGUGGCAUCCCUCUGGGCUGUAUUUCAAUAAACAGUGUUUCUUUUCCAACAAUUUUGGAAGAUCUGCUGAACAGCUGUGUGUGGACACAAACAGGCUGAUGGGGUCUGAUGGAGACAAAGGACAGGAAAUGCUAAAUUAUUGCAGCCAUUUCCAGCUUUGCCCCAAAGUAGCUUUCCAAACAAGCCACGGUGGUGAUUGCUUAUUUGUCUCAUGUCGUUACAUCGGGAAGGGGAGCCAAUCAGAAAAACUGGCACAUGCUGUUCUUGAUUGAAUAAAUCUUGUCUGGGAGGUCUUUGAACUGUGAACUAAAUGAACGAAUGGUUACUUGUGUGAAGUUGUAAGGUUAUACAUUGUGACACGCUUCUUUGCGUAAACACGGGGUGUGUGCUCAGACGGGGAGGUUCUGAGACUCUGGUUGCUUUGUUCACCACCCGGCAGCACCACAUGUCUUUGCAACAAGCUGAGGCCGAGCCAGCUGCAGACAGAUAUAAAUCACCACAAGUACUUUAGUCAGCUGCUCCCAGAGCUGUGAUUGGCACUGGCUCCACUGACUCUGAUCCUAAUAAGCCACAGGUGAUUUACUGAGAGUAUCCCAGUGUCAGCCUCUCCCCGUGAGGCCUACCAGCCCUCAUUAAAAAAACCCUCCCCAGUAAACAAACUUUCUCAACUAAAGUAUUUACUGUUGUUAUGAGGAAUGGAAACGUACUGAUGCAUGAACGUGAAAGCAGGUGAUUCUUUGAGGUUAUAGUCAGAUGAACCCACUAGAGGGCGGCUUCCUGUCACCCCCAGAGAGUGUGUGAGGGAGUUUUUUUUGGGGGGGGGGCUGGAAGAUCCCAUCUGCUGUGUGUCUGCAUGACUGGCAGCUUGGCCUUACAUCUCCUAAACUAUUCUAGGCCAGAUUAGUCUGUUUUAUAGGAAAAGUAAGAAACUCGGGCAGCUAUUCAGGUCAGAAGAAUCACCCUGUGGCGUACUUACAUGUUUGUCUGUCCUUGUUCUCUUUGUCUAUCGAGCCACUGACACAGACGGAGAAGGCGGCAGUGAGAGAGUGUGGCUCUUGGACAAAAACCGCUUUUAGAACUACUUUUGUCAGAGUUCUUCUGCUCUGCAUACUGUCCCUGUCUUAGGGAUAUUUUAGCCUUUAAAAUGUCAACGUUUGUGAUCUGAGUUUGUGUGUGUUUUGUAUUUUGGAGAACAUAAUUAAUAAGGGUUUAGACUAUUAGACUAAAGCAUUUUCUACAACUAUAAUAAGCCUUUAAUCCUUCAGGGUUACUAAUAUGCUAUGUUGUUUUCUUUCAGUAUUUGUUCUUAGGAAUGGGGGUAAGUACAUCCAGAACUGCUCACCACUUCACAUUCUUUAAAUGUUUGAGCAUACUGUUUAUUCAACUCCAAUUCUGUCCAAGUUUUGGUAAUAAAUACAUCGCAGGAAUCAAAAGUUUGCCUCUUAUGUGACAGAAAGAAGUAGAAAAUUAAAAAAAAAAAAAAAAACAUGAUAAAACAAAAAAGUCAUAAAAUAUGAGGUGUGUUUUGCCUCACAGUGACAUUUGAGCAUCAUGAGGUGGUGAUUGUUUGAUUGUUCCACAGAUCGGUUGAGCCAGCGGAUUGUGAAUAAAGUCUGAUAUAAAAGAUUAAACGAUUUCCUAAAAGUCCAGGAAUACUGUGAAACAUUAACCGGUUCUUUUGUAAACUAUCUCUGUGCUGUAUGCAGGUCAGAGACUUAAAAACCAGUCAUACCAGAUGAAGAAAUUUGUGUUGAUUCAUCAGGGAAAUAACAGUUUCCACCCUCAGCAUGUGUCUGUCUACUGUCUCCACGUAAAAUAGACUGUAUGUGUUUUAAAAGAAAAGACAUGAGUGAGGCAGUGCUGUUUCCUUACAUGUUUCUUAUAGUGGGAUGUGACAAUAAAACCAGUAGUAUUACAAGUACAAACUCUGAUUCAUACAUGCAUUUGUGUGUUUGUGUGUAUUUUUCUAAGCCUUUUGUAAAAUGUACAUUUCUUUGAGUGCCAUUCUGGUAUCCCCUGCAGACAUUUUUUCAUAUUCUCUGAUGAAUACAUUUGAUUUGCAUGUAAAAAGACCUAUUUUCCUACAAAAAUAAAUCAGAAAUGCAUAUCAA